AUGAACACCGUCCCCAUCAGCGUUCAAGAACUCAAGCAGUUCCACACAAUCGACAGAGACAUAAAUUUUAUCACCCAUCUCCUUUCCAUGCCUUCUCUUCUCCUAAACUCAAUUGCCUUAGAAACUAUCACUUGCAUUUUCUACCUCGACCACUCCUCCAUCCUAUCACUCUCGGUUAAGGUAGUUGGAAUACCUUUCCUUCAACACAUAAUAAACAACAAUACAUUCUCCAUACCUUAUCUUAUAGACAAUCGGGCAACGGUUCUCGAAUCUAUGCAGAAAAUCUCUGAUACUGUCUGUAGUCGUGUAUUCGACGAUCUCUUGUCUCAAAUCCUUUUACCAAGGCACCAAUAUCAAACACAUGGAUCAAUGUUUCAUUCACGAUCGCUUUCUUCUUCUUCUUCGGAUGAUAGAGUACAACAUUUGAUGGGUGGGAUGGAGCCGAGGAGGAACAAUAUUGUGGGCAUAUCUAAAGAUCCUAGGGAGCAAGAUAUCAUUACGGUUGACCAAACUCUAUUAGUAACAGAACCCACAGUUAGUCCGAGGUCGAGAAUGGGGACACAACACGAAAGAAUAGUCUUCUUGACAUUCUCCAAAGGCUACCAUGUUACUGAAACUCAACUUAGAGAUUUCUUUGUCGGACGAUUUGGAGAGAUAAUAGAAGACUUGAUUAUGCAAUAUGUGCCGUUGGAGGAGCAACCACUCUAUGCGCGGAUGAUAGUCCAUUCCUCAAAUGAAGUGGAGACGGUUCUCGGAGGGCAAAGUCGUGUUAGGUUCACCGUCAAUGGAAAACAUGUUUAUGCUCGUAAGUUUGUCCAGAGAAAUUCUAAAGCAUCAACUAGCUCGUCUUCUCACCAACACUCUCCACCGCCUGACGCCACAACAUCGGAUUAG